AUGGGGCAGCAGAAGGAGAAAGUCCCACUGUGUGAGAAUCCUUUCCAUAUGGUAAACCCCUUCUCAUCCCAUUUGUAUGUCUCUCCAUGGACAACUGUGUCCGCACUAGUUUUCCCUUUAGGAUUGAGAAAUUCUCAUGGAGGAUUAGGUGUGUGUGGAGCUAGCAAGAGGGGUAGGGAGGUGAUUGUGAUGGAGUUCUUAUUUAGCAAGAUUCUUACCCCAAGCGAUGUUGGUAAGCUGAAUCGUCUACUGAUACCAAGGAAAUUUGCGGAGAAGUACUUCCCCCAAAUCUCCAAGACCAAGAGUGAUAGGAAUGACCCUAUCCUCACCUUUGAGGACUCCUCCACAGGAUUGAUCUGGCACUUCCGCUUUAGUCUAUGGCGCAGUAGCACCACCUAUGUCCUAACCAAGGGUUGGCCUACCUUUAUCAAGGAGAAGAAGCUCAACAAUGGUGACAUUGUGUCCUUUUACCGCAGCGUUAGUAAGUCUACAGGCUCGAACCGCUUCUUCCUUCAUAUCAAGCCCCAUGUCGAUAUCUACUCUAUGCCACAUCACAACACAGUUCCGAUGUUCACUCCAUCUGGCUUUUUGAUUGAUGAACGGGAUCGUGAAGGACUUGGCUUUGGUAGUGGCUACAGAUUUGAGCCAACAUGGAAGCCUCUAUCCUUUGGAUCUGGAGGGUUGAAACCGUCAAUGACUUUGAUGCCUCAGCCAAAUAUGUCUCCAAUGUCAUUUGGCAAUAACAUGGGAAAGUCUAGAAAGCGUUUGCGGCUGUUUGGGGUCAACAUCGAUAUCCUUCCUUGUGCUAAAGGUGAUGACUUCUGCAACAAGUGGUCCAACAGUGUUGCUUGA